CCAACAUUCGCAUCUUGCAGCAUACACUCGUUCACUGAUUUCUCCAUCGUACGAGCAUUGCGACCUUUCCUCUCCUCCUACUCAGCCUUAGCCACCAAGCGAUCCAGGCUAUCUCGACAAGCUCGAGACACCACCUCCCACCUGCUUCCACCAUUCUAGACCAAGGUUAUGAGGUUGCACUCUUUCUGAAAUACUACGACCGCUUCGACGAAACUCGUCUCUUCAAUAUAAUCCAGCAUGUCUCCCGAGCAGCCACGUCGCCGCUUUGACCCGACUCCUGUCGAGACCUCAUCAAAAUCGAGCCGUCAAACAGCACAGUCCGAGGAGAACACUGCUCCCCGGAAGUUCAAUGUCCAGCCUGCCGAGACCACGACACGAAGCAGCAAGGACGCCAACGCACAGGGUCAAGAGGCAGCAUCCCCAAGGUCUACAACGCCGAGGCGCUUCAGUCCAACACCCGUAGAGACGAGCACAAAGAGUUCACGAGCAUCACCACAACCACAACAAUCAGUAAGGAGGUUCGCACCUGAACCUGUCGAGACAAGCACGAAGAGCAGCCGACAGCCUGAGCCACCGGUAGAGAAGCCCAAGUCGCGCUUCCUACCACAACCUAUAGAGAUGUCGUCGAAUAGUAAUCGCCCAAAGUCGAAGUCGCCUCAGUCGCAUUCACCUUAUACGGAGUCGCCCCCCAAUGGAGUAGCGUCUCCUUCCUUGAAGCCUGCAGACGCCCCUACAGCGAAGCCAAGACGCAAGUUCGCUCCCCAGCUCCUCGACACGUCAAGUCGUUCUCGAAAGAACUCGGACGACAAGCCUUCCUUGCCCUCGCAUCACAGGACCGACACAACGCCUGGUGAGAGCAGCAGGGUCGUAUACAACAAUUUGGGCCAGCGAAUCACAAUCGCAGAGCGUGAGAGAUCGGUUUCACCAACAGGGCAUCCUAGAUUCAUCAUGCCUUUCGCACGCCGGAAAGAACGAUCGGAUUCUGCUCGCAGCCACUCAUUCCGUAUGCCUGAACUCGAGACUAUUGAAAGUUCCGAAAGUGAGCCUAGUGCGCCACCUAGUCUUUCAACCAGUCCUUCAUCUAACGACUUUUCUCUUGGAGCAGCCAUGGAACCACACAAUCCUGCAUACAAGCAUGCCACAAGAGUUCGUGAAAGUAUUGACGAGACGUUCAGCCGCUAUCUCCUCGAAUUGGAGGGCAGAAAGGCUCAGGCAAAACUCCAGGAGCAAGCAUUGGCAGCCUUUCCCAACUCAGACUACCAUGAGAGUGUCACACAUUUCAUGAAUGGUGAAAGCGAAGAUGAAGAUGAGGAGAUGGAUGACCGACCAGCGACCUGGGAGGGCCACGAGGAUGACGAGUACAUGAUGAAAGUUCGCACACCACACGGUCGAGGCUCAACUCAUGGGACGUACGAGGUUAGGGAGAUGCACCAACACUUUGAGGAGAUGGAGCAGGAGCGUAAGGCUGCUGGCACAACCAGGAGGAAGUCUUCCGUCAAGCCCUCACCGUGGUGGAAUCCUAAUGGUCAUGACUUUGCAGGCUCCAACUACCCUGAUCCUGAAGCGCGAGCCAUGCGGGACAGAGCACGCCCACCUAUGCUUGGUAGCGAUCUGAAGUUCCCUCGCUCUGCUUCGCCGGAACCUGCACGCUUCGAUGUCACGCAGGGUUCCAACCAACUGCGUAGUCAGAUGUGUUAUUUGACCGAGCAGUCUCAAGCUGAAGUAUCACCUGAAGGUCUCUGGGGUGGUAAGAAGGUCGUUUCAAGAGACGCAUCACAGCACCAGAAGAGCAUACACAAGAGCCAGAACACCAUCUACAGUCAGAAGAGUACGACAUCCCAAAGCGGUGGUGGACUGUGGGGAGGCUUCUGCACUGACGAUCGCAAGUCCGGCGACAAUGGCCUCGUUGUUCCGAAUGUGGGCACACAAACCGGAUUGAUGACCCCAGCUGUUGAGCAACCCAAUCCAUUCGAGACUGGCUUCAGUAUACCCCCACCCGCAAUUCUACCCCAAACACCUCCAGAGAAUGUUGAUCUGGAUAAGAUCGACAUCAUUCUCACCGAAGAACCGGAACUUGACGAUGUCAUGGAGCGCGAAUUUCCUGAUUCCUUCAUCACUCAAGUUUACAAUUACCUCUCUCUGGGCUACCCUACUAUGGCCAGACCUUUCGAUGAAGAGUUGAGUAAGAUCAGCAAGAUCUCAAUCACUGAACUCCGACGUGACGAUGAUAUUGCUAAGAAAAUGCCGCGUGGAUACAUUCGUUUCGGCGAGGAUUUUGAGGGAAGAGGCGAUGGUACAGAUCAAGAGCUCGAAGAUGGCGGCUGCGCGAGAUGGCAUGCACUGAAAUUAUAUGUCAGAGAAUGGGCGAGACAGGAGAAGAAUAUGGUCAAGAAUGGCUUGUCAGGGACAGGCCUUGGUGGCAAUUGGGGCACUGGAGCCAGGAGGGGAAGUUGGGCAUGGUAGACAUGCCACAUAUCAUCAUUAUUGUUAUUGCAUCAGAACGGCGUUUUUUGCCUCUUGGGAGAGUUGCAUUGCAAAAGCACAUUACACGCAGAUAAUUCGUGGCUUUGGACACAUCUAGCUACAUUUUCAUGAUCGAUAAUUAGGUAUUCUUCAGAACACAAAAGCAAUCACUUUAUCAUUGAAA